AUGUACAACGAGAGCAGCCUGCAGGUUGUGAUGGAUUACGUCGGCGACAACGACACGUUGCCCGAGUACCCUCUGCACCUCUUCCCCGCGCCUCUCCUCACCGGCGUCACCGUCACCUGUGUGCUCCUCUUUGUGGUUGGGAUCCUGGGCAACAUGAUGACGAUGCUGGUGGUCUCGAGGUUCCGGGACAUGCGGACCACCACCAACCUGUACCUGUCGAGCAUGGCUUUCUCGGACCUCCUGAUCUUUCUCUGCAUGCCCCUGGACCUCUUCCGCCUCUGGCAGUACCGGCCCUGGAACCUCGGCGACCUCCUGUGCAAGCUCUUCCAGUUUGUCAGCGAGAGCUGCACGUACUCCACCAUCCUCAACAUCACGGCUCUGAGCGUGGAGAGGUAUUUGGCUGUCUGCUUCCCGCUCUGGGCCAAGGUGGUCAUCACCAAGGGCAAAGUCAAGCUGGUCAUCCUGGUGCUGUGGGCUGUAUCCUUUGCCAGCGCCGGGCCCAUCUUCGUCUUGGUCGGGGUCGAGCAUGAGAACGGGACCAACCCAUCGGAAACCAACGAGUGCCGGGCCACGGAGUACGCCAUCCAGUCGGGGCUGCUGACCAUCAUGGUGUGGACCUCGAGCGUCUUCUUCUUCCUGCCCGUGUUCUGCCUGACCGUCCUCUACAGCCUCAUUGUGAGGAAGCUCUGGAGGAGGAAGAAGAAGGACAUCGGGCCCAAGACAUCCAUCCGGGACAAGUACAACCGUCAGACGGUGAAAAUGCUAGGUAAGGGUAUCUUGGUUCCGUUUCUGACAUGGUGUGUCCCUGUAGACCAGAGUUGGCCAAACUUGGGUCUCCAGCUAGGACUACGAUUCCCAUCACCCCAUCUAGCUAGGGAUGAUGGGAGUUGUAGUCCUAGCUGGAGGCCCAAGUUUGGGAAACCCUGCUGCUGUAGACUCGAGAUGUGAAAUUUUGGACCAGCUAUAAGGGGUGAUAUCGAGGGUCAGUCACGCUCAUGAUAACUUAAGUCUGUUGAUGUCACUGGGGCCACAUUCACGCUGCGCAUUUAAAGCACUGUCAUCCCACUUUACACAGUCAAAUGUUUUUUUGGGCGGGGGGAUAUAGUUUGUUCAGGGUGCUGAGAGUUGUUGGAGACCCCUGUUUCCCUCCCAGAGCUACGAUUCCUAGAGUGGCUUAACAAUCAAUCCCUCUUCCCAGGGAACUCUGGGAACUGUAGCUCUGCAAGGGGAAUAGGGGGGUUUCCUAACAACUCUCAGCACCCUUAGCAAACUACAGCUCCCAGAAUUCUUUGCGGGAUAGCCAUGACUUUUUAAAGUGGCAUCAUAGUGCUUUGAACAGAUGGUGCGAAUGUAGCUUCCGUCUACUCUGAAUAUGACUUAGUUGGAAUUAUUGUGUUUAUAUUUUAAUUGCCUUCCACACGUAUCUCGAGGCAAUGUUUAGAAUGCAGCUAAAGCAGCUAAAACACUUUAAGACAACGUAGAAAAUAGCGGCAGAUUUUUAUUUCUUUAAUGAAAAAUCCAUUAGACACCCGUGGCAGAAACUCACUCAUCCAGCUGGGCAGGCUUGUCAGAACAAAAAACAUCUUCAAUGGUUUCUGGAAAGUGCAAAUAGCAGGCAUCUGUCGUAUCGCAAAAGGAGCAAGGUUCUGCAGAACAGGGGCAGCAACACUAAAAGCCCUGCUCUGGGUCGCAUGAACACAUGUAAAAGGGCUGAUUGGGAAGACAUCUUUGGCACCCCUUCCAUGCAUUCAAGGGGUAGAGUUUGCACAGAACCAGCACAUGCAUAACUGAACACACAUAGGCUCCUGUGUGCAUGGUCUGGUCCCUUGGAAAAUGGAGCCUUACAGAUUGCACAUGCAGGAGCCUUCAUGUGCACACAUGUUCAGGUGUGUGCUUGCAGGCUUGGUGCAAAUGGCAUAGAAUGCAUGGAUCAGCUCCUCCUGUACGUCAAUUUGUACUCAAAUGGAGGAGCAAAACUAGGACUGAAGCUCCUGAGUGUAUGAAAAUUCUAUUAUUAAUUAUGAUAAUAGCCUCUGAGCCUCUGCAGUGUAUAUUUCUCUCACUACUCCCAGGCAUAAUAAGUAUGUGAAAGGAUCCCUCCUGGAUUCUGAUCAAAGGUCUAUCAGUUUCACAACUGGACAGGGAAGUCCAGAAGUGGCACAUGUGGGCAAUACCAGUGGCGUUGUGGUGAAAUUCAAAGCGCAUGGCAUCCCACAGCGUGUAAAGCAAGCAGAAGUAGCCAGUGUGGAAUCCAGAUAUUUGCUGGACUCCAACUCCCAUCAGCCCCAGCAGCCAUGGCCAACGGCAAGAGAAGAUGGGAGUUGUAGUCCAACAAUAUCUGGAGGACACCAUGCUGGGCACCUCAGUUGUAUUGGCUAGAUUGUUGGACUUGAAGAACAAAGGAACCUACAAUAUACCAAGUCAGACCAUUGGGCCGUCUACACUGACUGACACCAGCUCUCUGAGGGUUUAGACAGGAAGUCCCUCCCAUCUCUACCUGGAGAUGCUGGGUCUUGAACCUUGGACCUUCCAUUGCAAAGCAGAUGCCCCAGCACUGGGCUGCAGCACCAAUGUCUACUUUGCUAGUGAAGACCUGGGUGUGUAUCCCUGAUCAGUCGUGGCGUUCUCUGGGUGCCGUGAGCCUGUCACUGUGUGAGCUGAGCCUCCCUCGGAUCACGUGCCAGGACGGGCACAAGCUUACAGUGCAGGCACAUACUGCUCCAACAGAUUAGAGAUUCCUCCUCUGUCGCAACACUGGCAAUGGCCCAUCCAUUCUAUGCAUCUCCCGCAACUGGUAUUCAGUGAGAUCAAUGUGUCUUCAGGAGACGGCAGAGUGCCAAUACUGAUGGGACCUCUUGGGACCAAGUAAGAAGGUCCAUAUGGUUUCCUUUCCUGAAAAUCUUUCCUUCCUUCCUUCCUUCCUUCCUUCCUUCCUUCUUUCCGAAGUUAACCACUGGACAGUUCUUAUUUGAAGUUUUUAAUUCACCUUGGCAUUAGGGGUUAUUCUUGGAACCAUUUUUAUCAUUGGAGGCCCAGGUGGCCUCUGUGGCAAGGACUGACAACAACAACAACAACAUUUAUACCCUGCCCAUCUGGCUGGGCUUCCCCAGCCGCUCUGGGUGGCUCCCAACAGAAUAUUAAAAACAUGAUAAAACAUCAAACAUUACAAACUUCCCUAAACAGGGCUGCCUUCAGUUGUUUAUUUCCUUGACAUCUGAUGGGAGGUUGUUCCACAGGGCGGGCGCCACUACCGAGAAGGCCCUCUGCCUGGUUCUCACUUUUUGCAGUGAGGGAACCGCCAGAAGGCCCUCGGCGCUGGACCUCAGUGUCCGGGCAGAACAAUGGGGGUGGAGACGCUCCUUCUGGUAUACUGGGCCGAGGCCGUUUAGGGCUUUAAAGGUCAGCACCAACACUUUGAAUUGUGCUCGGAAACGUACUGGGAGCCAAUGUAGGUCUUUCAGGACCGGUGGUAUAUGGUCUUGGUGGCCACUCCCAGUCACCAGUCACCUAUCAUCAGCUUCGGCUGGUUAAGUUGACUACACCUUUUAUAUUUUAGUUAUUGCAUUCAUAUCCCAAUUUUCUCCAAGGAGGUCAAGGUUGUGUUCAUGGUUCCUCCCCCACAACAACCCUGUGAGGUAGGUUAGAAGAGAAGAAGAGUUUGGAUUUGAUAUCCCGCUUUAUCACUACCCGAAGGAGUCUCAAAGCGGCUAACAUUCUCCUUUCCCUUCCUCCCCCACAACAAACACUCUGUGAGGUGAGUGGGGCUGAGAGACUUCAGAGAAGUGUGACUAGCCCAAGGUCACCCAGCAGAUGCAUGUGGAGGAGCGGAGACGCGAACUCAGUUCACCAGAUUACGAGUCUAUCGUUCUUAACCACUACACCACACUGGUUAGGUAGAGAAGCAGUGACUGGUCCAAGGUCACUUAGUGCAUUUCAUAGCCAAGUGGGAAUAUGAACUCUGGUCUGGUCUAGAAGGCUCUUCCUGUGUCCUUCUGCUCUCUUAGGUUAUUGUAAUGCAUGCAUUAUCAAUUAAAUGCCCGGCAUGUGGCCCCUUUAUGAGAAACGUUCAUGACCCUGGAGGCCAGCUCCUAGAGAGAGCUAUCUCGGAGUUGGGUCCUAGCUGGCAAAGUUUAUUUCUACUCUGCGCGGGCUCCAAGGCUUCAUCAAGAAUCGAGUCUGUUAAACCAUUAACUCGGUUUGUAGUGGAUUUCUACUUGAACAGCUGAGGACAGAACAGUUAUGAGGACAGAGAGAUCUGACUCAGCUUCACAUGCCUGAUGCACUUAUGCAUAGAAAUUCACUAAUGAAUGCACACAGAGAUCCUCUGAAAGGCCACAUAUAAAUAUUUUAAAUAAACGUAAUACAAAGAACUCUGGAUCCAGGCACCCGUAACCAACACAGAAACUACUUAUACCAAACUUUAUCAAUAAGUGUUUGUGUUAGGGGUAUAUUUGUGUGGGGCUUCUCAUAAUAAAAUGCACCCUCUCCAAUAUUGCCUCCUUUUUUUCUGUUCUAAACAAAAACACCCUAAACGUGUAAAGUUACUAUUAAAAGUGCUAAAUAUACAUGGCCCUUGCCAAAUUCGGUCACCUCAGGCAACUGUCAUUACAGAAUUCAUUCCACAAACUGUUGUUUUUAAACUGCGUAAUCCUAGGCAUAUCUAAUCAGAUCUAACCAGUGUUAGAAACAGAGAUAUGAAAACUAGGAGUUGAAUGGCACCUUAAAUUAUUAUGGGCGCAACAAUGGAAUGUCUGGGCACACUUUUUUUAUAACAAGAAUUCAAAGCUGAAAAUGAAUGAACUGCAGGUAAAAUAUUACGUUCACUUUUCACCUGGUCUAGUCCUUCCUCUGCCCACCUCCUAAUAUUCUUCAGAGGGUCUCUUCUCCAGUCUUCAGAGAGUAGCUGGAAACUGGGUCCUCCUUUCCUUCCACUCUGCAGUUUUAAUCUGAAAUCUUAGGUGCAGAGCUCAGAAACUAAUGAAAUCCUGUCGCAAAAUGCGCCUAGAACAAUGGGAGUUUCGAACAUCAUUGAGUUCACUGAGACUUUACUCCCAGGGAAGCGUUAGAGGCUGGCAGUCUAGAAAAAAGCCUAAUAAUCACUGCAGUCAUGCCUGCACACUUGACAGAGUCAUUUGAUUCUGCGUAGAGGAAAUUAAACUGACACAGGCGAUGCAAAGGAAGAUUUCUUUUAUAAUUUCAUUUUUAUUAAUGUCUUCUACUUGCCAUAAAUUGCUACAGAGUGGCCUAUGUUUGUUCUGUUAAAUUAAAUCUGGGCAAGUAGUUCUGUAACCCUAGACACACUUCUCUGGAACUGUGUGUAAGCCCCACUGACCUGCAAGGGAUUUACUUCUGAGUAGACAUGCAGAGGUUUGCACUGUGGAAAAACUGUAUGAUUUAUCAUCAUAAGAACUGGGCAGAGGGGUCUUCAGGAUUGCAAGAUUACCACACUUUUCUGUGUAUAAGACUAGCUUUUUUAAAAAAAACUAAAAAAAGAAUGUUAAAAAGGGAGGGGGUAGUCUUAUACAUGGGGGCAAUCUCCCCCCAUUUUCUUAAUUUUGAGUCCCCCAAAACAGGGGUCAUCGUGAUAUACACAGAAAAAUACAGUAAAUACCUUUGAUGGAGGGGAGGUUUGUGUGUUAUGUUUUGACUCUGGGAUUUAAAAGAAAAUCUGGACAGAACCCCUUUCUCUAGUAACAACAGUCCCACUGUCCAAGGUCUUAGUACUGUUCCUAGUUAUUUCUUAGCUAUAAAGAAUUGAACAUUGAAGAGAGAAAUGAAUAUACGGCAGAAUAUUUUGCCCGCAAUUUAGGUAACAUUGCCUAAUCCAAAGCUUCUAGGCAAAUGCAAGUCCCCAUGAAUUUUGGCUCCAAUUAACAGCAUGUGGAUGGACUCAGGUGUUCGUCUGGCUGUGUUUAGUGGGUCUUAUUUGCGGGGAAGUGUGCAUCAGAUUGCAGCCCAAACCUUACUUUAUGGCAGGGAACCUGUGGCUCCCCAGAUGUUGUGGGACCCACCCACCCCUAGCCAGGGGAGCCUGUAGCUGCAGUCCCGAAAUCUGGACCGCCACAGCUUCCUCACCCCUGUAUAGGGUUUAUUUCUAUACUACUAAGUCAUAUAAAGGUACAGGUAAAGGGACCCCUGACCAUUAGGUCCACUCGUGGCUGACUCUGGGGUUGUGGUGCUCAUCUCGCUUUAUUGGUCGAGGGAGCCGGCGUACAGCUUCUGGGUCAUGUGGCCAGCAUGACUAAACCACUUCUGGCGAACCAGAGCAGCGCACAGAAACGCCGUUUACCUUCCCGCCGGAGCGGUACCUAUUUAUCUACUUGCACUUUGACGUGCUUUCGAACUGCUAGGUUGGCAGGAGCAGGGACUGAGCAACGGGAGCUCACCCCGUCACGGGGAAUCGAACCGCCGACCUUCUGAUCAGCAAGCCCUAGGUUCUGUGGUUUAGACCACAGCACCACCCGCGUCCCUUACUAAGUCAUAUGGAUACCAUCUAAGUUGUGUAAAGCAAAUAUAAAAUGCAAGGAAAAUACAGAAACAGGGAACAUCAUCAUAAAGAGCAGGUCAAACACAUAGCAUUCAUUCAAACAAAAGGGCCUUUUGGCGCAAGAAAAUCUUCUCAAUGGAGAUGGGGCCAAGUUUUCCCGGCAGAAAGCUCCUUGAUACAGGAUUUCAUUCUGAAAAACGCUGCACAGCUUUCAUGUGAGCCCUGAGAGCCGAACUCCCUGUGAUGUUAAGUGCAUCUUUGCAUCUAGCAAGCAGAAGAACUGAGCUGCAGAUUGCAAAAAAACAGCUGUGGGAGGAGGAUCAGGGAUCAAGGUAGAGCAGGUGUGGAGAAAGGGGGUGGGUUUAACCCUCGCCUCUCCUGCUGUGGUGUGAGGAAACUCCCACUGCAGACGCCAGCACUUUGGUUGAGAGGAAAUCCUUCAUGGGUGCUAGUGAGAGAUUCCCUUCUAAAGCUUCACUUCAGCUUACUGAGGGAUUUUUCUCAGCAGGUCAGGGUGUGCAUGCAAUAAACUUCCCCACUUCACUCCUGUUCUGCUCUCAUCAUUUUCAGCCCCCUCCAGAUGAUGAUUAUAAAAUAUACAGUACUUCUAUAAGUAUAGUUAUCGCAAUUAAUAAUAACUUAUUAUUUUGUUUUUCUGGAUUUUUAAUAUUUAUAUUUUUAUUAAAGUGCUUUCAAGUAAAGUAAAGAAAUAAAGUGAUACAGGGUGGAAAAAGAAGGAAAAGUGAGAGGGAGAAAAACAACAACAAAGGUACAUGUAAAAGGGGGGAAGCAAAAAAAAGAGGCAAUAUACGAGAAUCCCUUACAUUUUUGUAUAAAUUGGCAUAGUAUUAUUGUCCUAGUGCUUAUGUAAACGUUAAUAGCCAACCAGAUUUUGUGUAAACUCAUUCAUCCCAAAUGUUAUCGUAUUUAUCCAUACAGAUUCUGCACCUGUAAGCAGUCCAUUCAUAAAUGACAAGGGAUGUCAUAUAUCAUCAGUCCAUUGAUAUCAUACCUUUAUUUUUCCAAUUCCUCAAUAUCAAUCUCCUGGGCACCAUUAACCCACGUGAAAUUCAUUAAUAAUAACUUUACAUGUUUGGGGUCUUUUUUCUUAGGACAGCAAAAAAAGGCAAAAUUGGAGGGGGUGCAUUUUAUGCAAGGCGUUCUCCUUCUGCCCCUCCCCCUUUUCUGUUGCGCAAUGGGGUGGUGCAAACUUAUGCGCACUUAGCCAAUGCUCACUGGGCCAGGAACGUAACCCCUGCACAAAUCUGCCAUUGCCUGUAUUAUGAGCAGUAGUAAUGGCCACAUCUUUAGGGUCGCUACCUGCUUUUUGAGUUUUAUUUUGUUGGCCUGUUGUAGCUGUUGUUUUGAGCUAGGCUCCUCCACCACUAUGUGGAGCAAGUACUGAAUAUUUUUUCUCAGCUGGUAGAGAGAGAAUUCGUGUUGGCUUACACUCCAGGGUGGGGGAGCCUGUUGUUAUGGAUCGUGCCCCCUCGGGUGCAGUUCUGUAGAAGGGUGUUUGUGGUGUUGCAGGGAAAAGUAGCAAGGGAAGAUGGAUGCCCAGGAAAGUGUGGAAGGGUCAAGCAGCCCCUCCCAGCUGCUGCUUUCCUAAGGCAAACUACACCCCCUCUUCCUGCUUCCCAGCAGAUUUCCAACACCAGCUUUCCAGCACCAGAUUUCUAGCUGGGCAUUUCACUAUUAACUUACGCCAGUGAAGCCAGUGUGGUGUAGUGGUUAGGAGCAAUGGGCUCGUAAUCUGAUGAACCGGGUUCGCUUCCCUGCUCUUCCACAUGCAACUGCUGGGUGACCUUGGGCUAGUCACAAUUCUCUGAAGUCUCUCAGCCCCACUCACUUCACAGAGUGUUUGUUGUGGGGGAGGAAGGGAAAGGAGAUUGUUGAGACUCCUUAAAAGUAAAGGUAAAGGUAAAGGGACCCCUGACCAUUAGGUCCAGGUUUGACCGACUCUGGGGUUGCGGCGCUCAUCUCGCUUUAUUGGCCGAGGGAGCCGGUGUACAGCUUCCGGGUCAUGUGGCCAGCAUGACUAAGCUGCUUCUGGCGAACCUGAGCAGCGCACGGAAACGCCGUUUACCUUCCCGCCGGAGUGGUACCUAUUUAUCUACUUGCACUUUGACGUGCUUUUGAACUGCUAGGUUGGCAGGAGCAGGGACCGAGCAACGGGAGCUCACCCCGUUGCAGGGAUUCGAACCGCCGACCUUCUGAUCAGCAAGUCCUAGGCUCUGUGGUUUAAUCCACAGCGCCACCCAUGUCCCUUUUUUGAGACUCCUUAGGGUAGUGAUAAAGCGGGAUAUCCAAUCCAAACUCUUUUUCUUCUUCUACGCCACCUCUGUAAAUCAGCAGGGUGAAAGGAGAACGGCUAGCAAAUAAUAUGGUAUCUCCAUUUCUCCCUAACGUCUUCUCUCUUUUUCUUCUUCCUCCUCUUCCAGCGGUGGUGGUCUUUGCUUUCAUCCUUUGCUGGUUGCCUUUCCACCUCGGACGUUACCUGUUUUCCAAAUCCUUUGAGGACGGAUCCUUGGAAAUAGCCGUCAUCAGCCAAUAUUGCAACUUGGUGUCUUUUGUCCUUUUCUACCUAAGUGCCGCCAUCAACCCAAUCCUGUACAACAUCAUGUCCAAGAAAUACCGGAAGGCGGCUUACAGGCUCUUCGGCAUCAAGACACACAGGAAGAAAAGGCUGUCGGGGCUGAAGGAGGGAGGGUCUCGAGUGUGGGCAGAGUCCAGUGUCAGACAAACAUGA